AUGGCGUCACACCCUUACGGAGAAACCAUAUCCCAACUCCUCUCCCCAUCGACACACUUACUAUUAUUCUCUUUACCAACCUCACCGCAAAAACCAGUCUUACCAGCAUCAACAAUAAGCCGCCUCUCGCUGCAUCCGGUACUAGAAUCCAUCCUCCACAUCCUAAAUUACGACCUGCCGAGCGCGCAUUUCCUGCUGCGUCAUAUGCAGGCGCCGCCGGCGUAUGAGGCGAUGUUCUUACAUGGCGUGCUGCAUCGUGUGGAAGGGGAUCUCGAGAACGCGGCGGCUUGGUAUGUGGAUGUUCAGGACACAGAGGUUUUCAGGGUUGUUUGGGGGGUUUCUGGUGAGAAUGGUGGUGACGGAGACGGAGCUGAGGAUGAUGGUGGUGCUCAGGGGUAUCCGGGUCCACGAGAGUCAGUGGCAUCGAAGUCAGGGUCAAAGAAUCCGUCGAGGACAGCUGCCGACCACACUCUGCUAUUCCUUGACAGUUUGGUCGAAGCGAAAGCAAGUGUACGUUCAGGCCAGGCGGCGCCACAAUAUCUUGUUCAAGCGUCGCUAGGUGAGUUCUCGCGGCUUUGGGAUUUCUGUGAGACGAAAUUCGGGACUGAGCCAGUGUUGGAAGCCUCAGAUAUAUGGGUGUCUAUGGCUGAGAAGAACGCUAGCAUUGCUGAGAAAAUGAUUACAGGUGGUGAAGGUUGGCGAGAAUUCUAA